UGGGGGAGUAGGAGACAUUUGUGAUGUUUACACUAGGAGUUUCAGAGUCUUGAGCAGAAUUAGCAAAAGUAUGUCAAAGGAAGAAAUGUUUUCUUGACAUUUGUCUAAUGUUUUGCAUUUUUCCAUCUGCAUUUGCAGUCAGUUUGUGAUGAUGAAUGAAACGGGGCUCCGGAGAACCCUCCCUGACCAGUUAUCAGGGAGUGGACACACUUUUGACACAGCACACCACCCGAGCAUCAUCAACACUAUCCCGUCAAAGCGAGUCUGCUUCUACAAAAGUGGAGAUCCUCAGUUCAAUGGUCUGCGCAUGGUCAUCAACAACCGCACUUUUAAAACAUUCGACGCACUCCUGGACAGCCUAUCUAAGAAGGUUCCUUUGGCGUUCGGCGUGCGGAACAUCACAACCCCUCGAGGGGUUCAUGGGAUAAGUACCUUAGAUGAACUUGAGGACGGGAAAUCCUACCUCUGCUCUGACAGCCGUAAAGUCAAACCCUUCAAUCUGGCCUUGGCCAGAAGGAAGUUACCACCUUGGUACCACACUACACCCUUAAGUUCUCGGCACAGGACUGAGCAGCAGGCCCGUUUUUUUCCAGGCAGGAAAAACAUCCCUCGGCAGGAGCCGUUUGUUGUUCGGACACCCAAGAAGAUUGUGGUUUUUCGUAACGGCAACCCCUCUGUAAAGCACACAGUGGUGCUUCACAAGAAGACCAGUCCACGUUAUGAAUCUAUCCUGGAACACAUCUCAGAACUUAUGCAGUUCCAUGUGAACAAACUACACACUCCAGAUGGCAGACGUGUCGACGGCCUUCCAGGUUUGAUUUUGUGCUCUGGGACUGUGGUGGCUGUGGGCAGGGAACCUUUCAGGCCUGCAUUUUACAGAGUACAGACAUCUCCAACUCCAACACGGCAGAAUACCAACCGAGGGGGUUUCAGAAGACAAAAGAUCUCAAACUGUAAGUCAAAAGACAAAUUUAAAUCAACUUUAAGCACUACUCAAUUUAGAAGCAUGGGCUGUUUUAUGGAUACUGAAAAGAAGUCACCAUCAUAUUCCUCAAAGUCAAGAAACUUUUCAGCAUCUUCUGAGAGGUACAUCGUUCGUCAGAUCCAAAGCAGCAUUGCAGAGGGUUCAUGCGACCUGCCCAGUAACCUCGCUAACUCUGUGGAACUGGAUUCCAACUGCAUGCUGGAUUCCAUAGCAGAAAGAGAGGACACCUGGCAUGGCCAUGGAGCUGAAGGGCAGGACUGCUCUCUGCUUAAUGAUGACAACAUUGAAAAGUCCUUUCGGGUGAAUCAGGAUGGCAGUAUGACAGUGGAGAUGAAAGUGCGGCUGACGAUUAAGGAAGAGGAAACAGUUCAAUGGACGACCACCCUGACGCGGUCGGCUGCAGCCGAUCAGCUUAAUGUGGCUCCGGACUCCGAAACUCAGCUGGAGAUUAACUCAAAUAAAUCAGAUUCACACAAGUCACAAAGUUCUGCCGCUUCUGACACCAUCCACAAGGAGGAGCAUAAGUACAACAUUGAUGAUGAUGAAGAUGAUCCUCCACCACUCGGAAGUGGAGACGUCAGUGGUUGUCGUUUUGAAGAGGAUGAUGUAAAAAACCACACAGACGUGUCCCCAAGGAGAGUUCCUACACCAGGAUUAAAACAAAUCAGCAAACAACAAGCUUCUGUGGAGAGUAUUAAAACUGUAACGAUGAAUGGGACUGCUGACAGACCGGUGGGUUCUUACUCCUACGGAGAACAGAUAGAAAUAGAGCGGUGCUGUGUAGUGAAUCAGGACGGCCCAAGGCCAGUGCCCAAACCAAGACGAUUAGGGUCCAUCGAUGUCAAAAGUAGAGAUAAUUCUGAUUUCAAAUCGAGUGAAAUCAUACAGACUGAAUCUGAUGGCGAUGAAGUCACUGAGACUGUUUUGCACAUAUAUGAACAGCAGACUUGUCUAGAUAAUUUCCUAGCAAAUGUCUGUUCACAUGGUAUGGCUGGAUCUGAAGUUAUUUUUGAGCAAGCCACUAAGGCAGCUGGGCAACUUUCCACGAUGAAUGAGGAAUCUGAGUCCUGGGGUCCUUCAACCGAAUCUAAGCCUGUUGGUGUCAGAAGGGCUGAUGGCUCAUCUUCAACAUCAGAUUUGAACUUACUGCCUCUACAAACCAAUGUAACUCAAAGAGAAAAGUCCAAAAAUCCAGUCAAGCCCCAACAAAAAGAGGUUGUCAGUGUUUCCCCAAAAUCUAAAUUAAUUGACAAACACGUUCAGCUGGUUGUGAUGCCGAGAAAAAGACCAAAGAUGAAUUCUAAAAAAGUAACAGAGAGACGUAAGAGGGUAAAACCUUUCUCCAGCGCUGCGUUUAUUAAGAGAAUUUAUGGGAAAAAAUCCAAAUCAGCAAAAAAAUCUAAAAUGCCUAAUCAGAAACCAAUAAGAAAAGGAGUGGCAAUGAAAAGCUUACCAGAACCAGCCACUACCGUUAGUGCUAAUGCUACAGACUCAAACAUAUCUUUCAAAAAGAAGACAAGCAAAACAGGCACUGAACUUGGGCACCCACGGGGAACACUGACAAGACAAAUAUCAAUGCAUAUGGAGAAAAAGGAGGAAAAGGAGUCAUCUGAAAUCAGUAAAAGCAUGUCUUUGCCACCUUUUAACUCUUCCAGCUCCAUGACUAAGGAAUACGUAGAGAAUUGGCUCGAGAAGGCCCAUUUACACACAACAUCCCACUCAGACAGGGAAAGUCAAAAAUCAGGGGCCUUUUCUCUCAAAGAACCUGAAAUGGGGGGCUGUGGAGAGAGAAAAGAAGAAAUACAAACAUGUAAAACUCGCAAAUCACCUCAAGAAAAUGAGUUAGCACCAUCUGUCAAACUGAGAAUACUGUCUUUUGAAAAUAAAUCAAAUACAUCUGUUGAGAAAACUGAAAUCAGUAAUACAACCACUGCAAAACUAGACAAUUACAAUGGCUUAAGUCAGAAAAAUACUCCUCCACUACCUCCAACUGACACAUUACCAGAAAAAGUGUUAGGUGGUGAAGUUGAAAAUCCAGUAACACCUACAGAUUCUCUUACCAUGGCGCUACCUCCACCACCACCGGAACUACUAUACAAUGAAAGUUUCACACCAGAUGUCCCUUCAGCAGGCAGCAGCCCUUUUUACAGGCUCUCGUCAAUGAGCAGUCAUAUAUCCGAGAAUUAUCCGUUUACCAUGAGUCCUACAUCGAAUAAAGGUAUUGAACUUGGAAUUUUGAUUGAAAAUACAACACCUGUUCAGACUGACAAUCCCUCCACACUACAGGAGGCAGAACUAUCCAGAACUCAAUCCAUUAAAAGAGCUCCUUUGGUCAGUAAUGGUUCACUUGAAAGGAAAAUGUCUCUAAGGAGGGCUUCUCUGGAUAAAUACACAUCAGGUAUUGAAGCCACUUUGGGGAUGACUACAUUAUCCCCUCCCAUCAGCACUGUGGGAGAUGAAGUGCCAACACAUGGUAUCUGUUCAAUGGAGACAGAACAACCAUUAAAAGCUCCUUUUGAGGAGACUCUGCAAUCAGUUUUAGAUCCAUCAGUUUGUACUUCCAUGUCCCCCGCAAGCUUAAUAUCAGAUGAAAGACAAUCAACGACCAGUGUUUUAUCAAUUGAAGCUCCAAUUUCAAGCAAUAUCCAACCCAAAAAAACCACAAUGGCCAAAAUACCUCAAAAAGAGGCACCAUCACCUAAAACCUUGAUAAAAAGAACACAACUAAAAAGAAACCCAUCUCCAGAGAUGAAAAUCCAAAGCAAGUUACCACCAGUAACCAAACGCCUUUCUGAUAAAGUAGUUCUUCCCAAAAUUGGAAUACAAAAACAUUCAAUGCCAAAUGUGAGCUCUUCUACUCAGAAAAAACUCCAGAGAGCCUCUCCGUCUUCUCAGUCUCUGGAUGUGUUGUCACCACCUGCCAGACACAAGUAUAGCAGAAAGUUUCUGUCCAGAAACGUCUCUCUAGACAAUCCACCAGAAUCAAUGAGUAAGACUCAAAAGAAAAUGCCCUCAAAACAUAUUUCCCAAACGCAAGAGAUGGAAACACCAGCAGCUAAAAUGGAAGCCGACCAUAACUGGGACAAUGAGGCUGACUGGUAUAAAUCUGUGGCAGACACCAAAGAAAAGCCACAGCCUUCAAACAUAGCAAACCAGCCCAGCAUGAAACCAGUCCUCGAAAAUAUUUGCUACUCAAUAAAAUCGAUCAGACAAAUCACUCAAAACAAGCGUCCUUCAUGUCUGGAGAAGUCCAACAGCUUGCCCGAUUUUUCCUCGCAUGUAGCUUCAACUUUUGGCUCCUCUUCAAAAGCUCUUCUUGCUUUCCUGGCUGUCAUGACUCUAAGGGAAGGCUUAACUAACCUGAAUGUGGAUGAGCUGAAUGCAAACAAUCUCAGCUGUGCAGAGGCACUAAAGAUGAUUGAUUCUCUCAGAGAAAUUGCCAACAUCGAAGAUUCACAGGGGAUGAAAACUAGUUUGUCAAACUUACAGCAGUCUACCUCAAAGCAGCUCUUGCAAAGCUGGAAAGGUUUUCAGGAACUCGGCGAUCGAUGCAAAAGUCGUGGCUCCACGCCUAAUGCUUCAGCAGUGGGACUUACACUCGAGGAUGGUACUGAACAAGACUGUGGCAUUGCAGAAAUUGUUAUUGAUGAAAUCAUAGAUAACCUGGACAUUCCUGAGAAGCUCAAGGAGGAGUUGGCUUCUCUUUCAGAGAGUACAAAAAGUGACAGUGACAAUGAAGGAAAAAUAUCCAAGGGGGUUAAUGAAAGAACAGAAGCGUCAGCCACUCAAGAUACUCCAGAAAACACAAACUAUUUCCCCUCAGAAGAUGCUACUUCUAAAGAUGAUGUGAGGACCAUCAUAAAAAAACUCACUGAAAUGGAAAGUUUUGACCACAUUUCAGAGACAGCAAAGCACAAAACCACUGACCAGACAUCUGGAAACAACAGCAGCCAAGAUGAGUCCGAUUUUGUGACUGAACACCCGUCAGCUGAAGGAAAUUUCAAGCAAAUUCCUGACGAAAGGCAGGUUUACCGUACAACAUCCAUCAACUUGCAGCCAAGUGGAGAUGUGGCACAUCAGGAGGAGCAAAACCAGCAGCAGGGCAACAAACAUGAGAAAUCAACACAAGCAAAUGCAACCACAUGUGAAGAAAUGAGCAGUGAGACAAAGUUAAAAGACAGUUGUGCCUGUAAAACAGAAAAGCAAUACUUGGAAUUAAGGCAGCUAACAUUGAAAACUGAGGACAUUGUCUCUGAAACCACGCGAAUCAAUAAGAAAGCAUCUGAUGCAGAUAAGGGAGGACAGAAAAUUGCAAGCGCCAAUAAAGAUAUGGAGAAAAACUGUAAGGAAGUUUCAGAAGCAGGUGAGAAAAGCUGCUCAGGAAAUGCUACAAAAGUUGAACGUGAUACGAUUAUUCAAGAUAAUAGUAAAUCUGAGGACUUGUCCAGCCCUGAGAGUCGGUUUGAGGAGACACAAACAAGCGCAAACUACUAUGUAGAAGUGAAUUUCAAAGAGAACAGAGAAUCCACUACGAAAAGCAAAAAACUGUCAGAGGAACCAGAGAAUAAAUGUAAGGCAUCUGAGAGUCUAAUUAGUAGUAUGGGGUUGAACAUCAGUACUGAUGACAGCACAGGACAUUCAGACUCAGAGGAUGUGUCCUCAGAGGAAGAUCAGCCAGUUGUCGACAGUAAAAAACUGCAGGUUAUUAUUGAGGAAAGCUUUUCUCCCGAUGAGGAUGGGGAAGCCAUUUACAAUGGUCCUAAUGUUGGGGAACAAACCACCAAAAGCAGAAGGGGGUUGGAGGCUUUGAGAGAAGAGACAGAGGAAGAGCAGGUUAGCUCAAGUGAAGAACAUCACAAUGAAAAUCCAAAAAGUCAAAGUACUCUUGACGGAGUUCAGAGCAGUGAGAAAAAUGAAAGGGAUUUGAUUUUAUCUGAUGUAGUAAAAGAUUUGACAUUUAAUGCAGACGACGACAGUGGGCAUGACCACAGCAGCUGUGAGGAACAUGGUGACGAACUAACGGAGGAAGAUGAACACAUCAACAACUCAACUGAAGAAUUAAGCUACUAUGAAAAGCAAUCUAACUCAGAGGAGGGACAAGGCAACAUAGAAGAACGCUAUACACGAGAAACUUCACAACUACAAGAAGUAAACUUAGAACAGUUUGUAGAAAAUCCUCUGCAACGGUCCGCUGAAAAUAUAACCCAAUCUGUUGCAGAGAGAGUUAAUCUGCUUGAAAAGCAGGUUGCAGAAGCCCAGAAAGUGAACAAUACAUCAAGUAGUUUAAAAAUGAGGCGUUUCUCACAAAGAAAGGCUCAUGUUGAGUUGGAGGAUUCGCCCUCUGAAUCGCCAACAUCUGAUCCGAUUCUCUGCACCAGAUCGGCUCCUCAGUCAUCCCUGUCUUUUAGCUAUGACUCCAGUGGAGUUAUAACCACAGAGCCUGAAAGCAGCCGGGUCAGAUCCAUCAAAGAAAUGUUCUUAGCAAAAAGUGCCACAGACAUCCAGCAGAGACAGUUCCCAAGUCCACACUCAUCGGACCUGCCCGAUGUUAGACCAGAGGCCUCCGGCAGCGGUGGAUACCAGUCCCAGACUUCAGGUGAACAGUCCAGCGGUGAAGACGAUUCAUCACGAAAAUCCAUCGGUAAAGGGUUCGUGAGGAGGACGAUUGAAAUGCUUUAUGGAAAGAAAGAGAUAAAACCAGAGAAAGUACAUGAGAGACCACCAUCAGAGCCGAGUCAGAGGAAAAAAGAGCCUUCCAUCUUCUCUCCUUUUCACGCAGUCCGAGCCAAAGCGAUGUCUGAAUUAUCUUCCUUCAGCUCCACUAAUGCACUGGAUUCUCUCAGUGAGGCAACGAGAUGCAUUGCUUUUAAUGUGCAAGUGGGACCCGGAGACACUGUCCCUAUUCAUGACGGAUGUUGGCUCCUUGGAGAAAACACAGUGAUGAGGAAAUCAGUGUCCGAUCCAGUUGGAAUAAACAAAACCUUUUCAAACAGCCCUGAUGACGAAGGACUGGGUCAAGACACAGAAGUGAGCUCUCCAUAUUCUCUCUUCAGCACAAAGCCAGAACUGGAAGACAAGACAAAGACGCCACCUAGAAAGUGCACCUACUUCUCUCUUCCCCACACAAGUGAAUCAGAGGUCUGUCAAGAAGACCAGAGCACAGCGAGCAAAAACGGCAUCAAUGGAGAUGACCCUAUGAGGGGUAAGGACACUUCAGAGGACACCAAAACAUGGGCAGGGAGAAAUGGCAUUCUGCCCAGCGUUGGUGUUCCUGAGUUUAAGAUGAAGGACAACAAAGUACACCCACUGGUGAAGCUCCCUCCUGAAGGUGAGGAGGUGGUGGUGGUGCAGCCUGGAAGAGGUCAGGGUGUUGUUAUUAGAAGGGUUGAGGAGGCAGAUGUUCUGGACUUACUGUAUCAUUUCUGUGGCGAGCACUGUCCCAUACUGUGA